AUGAUGCGGGUAGAGAGUAUUUGGCCAACCGUUCUCUUUUGCAUCGGAGGACUGGUUCUCAUCACCAUCAUUUAUUUAGUAAAGGCAUGUAACUUCCGCCACGAAGAAAGAAAAAGGCGGCAGAGCUGGUCCGCGAUAAAUAGACGCACUUCUAUUGUGAAAUACAAACUCGAGCUAGAAAGCCGAACAAAAUCGCCAGCAGCAUCACCAAGAUCUAUCAGAAAAGAGACGGAGAUAACAACGACUUAUUCUGUUCCCAAAAUAGUGAUCACUACGGAAAUCGAUGAUGGACUUCUGUCGACAAAUUCAUAUAACUCUUCUGCUUAG